UUCCCAUGAUCUCCAACUUCCCUGGAAGAUCAUCCCAUUACUACACAUUGAGGCGCAGGCUCGUUUCUGAUUCCUGACCAAUACCAGUUUUCCGAACAUUCUUCAGCUCACACCUUCUAUCUUGCUUGGGUUGCUAUUUAUGUUCUCAACUAGAUAUUACCAUUCGAUCGUACUGGCAUUGACAGUGACCCCAUUCGUAUCAUCUCCUCGAGUCAAAGCGCCUUGUUGAUUUCGAUAACACUGAUUACAUCCAUCAACAAUGUCGACUCCGAACCCCAGAAUACCGUUGUCCAACACUUCCAAUUCUCCUUCGCAACGUCGUGCUCCCAACGAAAACAGUCCUGGUAGGCCAGGCUACUCCAGUUCUGUGCCUGCGACUACCGGCCAGGGUCUCGCGCGGACGCCUUCCCUUCGUCAACAAAGACCACUACGCAAAGCGCCCACCCGCACGAGCAACGCUUUUGCUUCCGCUGACACCGAAGCGGACGACGAGGAAAUCAAAUCUGCAAAUGCACAGUUGAUCGCGGAUCUCAAGGAGCAGGUCCACCGUGCUGAGCAGGCGUCGGACCAAUAUAGAAGACAAUUAGAAGGCAUGCAACAACGCCUGGAUGAAGCGACGGCGGAGCAGACGACUGCUGAAGAGCGGGAUUAUCAGAGACAAACAGAGUUGGAUCGGUUGAGAGCAGAAAUCAAAGAAUAUGAAAGACAAUACAGGGAGCUGGAAGUUACAUAUAACGAGGAUAAAGAAACAUUUUUGCAGGAGCGCGAGAGACAAGCCCGCAAAGAAGCCGAACUCCAAGCUGUCAUCAGCAGGUUGAAUGAGACGCUGCGCACCCGGAGCACCGAAAAGAUCAACAACAGCCGAUUUAGUACGAGCUUUUCAAAGUCGGGUGGUCAAGGCAGCGAUGCAGCGGCAGAAAAUGUCAAUGAAGGGACGAGAGCGCGCGACAGCGUCCCACCGGAUAUGCUUCAAGCGUUGCAGGAAAAAGACUCGGCUAUCGAAGCCCUGAAGUUUGACUUGGCCGAGGCGCAACUGCGGCUGGCAGAACAAGAACACAUGGGUGACGGUCGCCUGCAGUCGCUGGAAAAGGCAGUCAUGGAGAUUAAGAUGCAGAAUGCGCGGCUUGUUGAAGAGAAUGAGAGCUUCCAGAUGCUCCUGAGCGAGAAGACACUCAAAGGGGAUUUCCUUCACGGUCAUCACCAUCAAGAAGACGUCGGCGGCAUGAGCUCUCUUGCUGAAGAACUUGAAUCAACCGAGGAAGCCGAAAAAACCGACUCGUUUAGAAAGCUGGAGGCCGAGUGCAAAACGCUUGACGAGCAGAACAAGGCCCUCAACCUAUACAUUGACAAGAUCAUUGGCCGCAUGCUCCGACGUCCAGGGUUCGAACAUAUUUUCCAAGACACCGAAGAAGUACCACCGACUCCUCCGAAGCCCGGUCCUACUGAGAAAGCACUCCCUGCUGUACCUGAUCAACACGCAGCGGCGCCCGCUGCCGCCGCGGCUGUGAGCGGUUUCUUGCAGAGAGCCCGUUCUGUUGUGUCCCGCCCCGGGGCCAGGCCGCGACCAAUGUCAUACGCGCAACCAGCAGCACCCACCGCAAACGAAAACCCCGACACUGCACCCAGUAUACCCCUUCACCGAGGACAACAUCGUAGGGCUAGAUCGGAUCAAGCCGAGACCGAUAUGGCUGCGGCUGCAGUGGUCCAGCAGAUGAAUCGUGGGUCACCAAUGCGCACAGCGUCCGGUAGUCCACUAAGUCCUGGCAUUCGACCCCUCAGUCCACCAAUGUCGCAAGGACGAGGGUCGUAUUUCCCACGCGCACCUUCUGGCUCAGGUCGGGGUGGUAGCUCCGCCAACAGUGUGACUAGCGAGCAUAGCGAGGAGCAGAAGUCAAACACGGACGGAAGCUCUACUGCAGCAGUGUCGGGUGGAGGACAUGUUCAUCAGCAAGCCAGUCUCCCUGGAGCCGUGAUGAAGCAGAACCAGCUCCGACCACUGCGUUUGGUACAGUCGCAAAACGCAGAAGAGGAGGCUCAGAAGCGGGCAAACAGGGGUAGUUGGAUGGGUUGGUUACGAGGGGGCACUCUGGAGGCUCAACAGCCUGAGUAAUGUGGUCGUUGGAUGAUUCUCCCAUGUUUGAAGCUGCGAAACAUCUACCUAGAUAGCGGCAAUGACAAACCUGAACUUCGAGUGCUUCCUUCGGAAGGCAUACAGAUCUUUGCUGCAGUCUGAUUUGUUGGCUUUCCACAUCCGGUGCAGGGUUCUUAUUGCUUGCACCGCAGAUCAUACUCGCUACCCGGAGUAGGACAAUGACGUUGUUUCU